UGGCAGUUGCUCACGCGCUCGCUGUCUGCGGAUGACGCGCCGCGGUCAGGGGUGAAAGUUGAGCGGGUGAGGUGGGCCCGGGGGCCGCUGGGAGUUGUAGUCUCUGCUCCCCCCUCAAGUGCCUGCAGAUGGCGUCGCGGGCGCUGGCCGCCGUCAGGGUCGUUACAAAGACUGGGAUAAUUGGAGGCAGUGUGUACCUUGCCUACGACCAGGGUUUGUUGGGCGAUGGUGAGCAGAGUUGCAAAGUGCUGAACAAGGCGUCGGUAGCAGUGCCAGAGGCUCUCGACCAGUGGUCCAAGUACUUUGAAGUGGAGCUGCCAGAACUUCCCAAACCAGAUGUCCCCGUCGCUGAAUACUGGAAUUCAGGAAUUGAGAGUAUUGUAUCUUUCUUGUCGAAUGCACCGACAAAACUCAACGAAUAUACGGAGACGGGAUGGCAGUACAUCAAGAAGAUGACUAGCAGCACCGAGUGAAAAGCACCAUCAUUAACCACAUAUUAUGUUCAUGACUUGAAUGUAACAACAUGUAAAUAUUAUAUGAUGGUAAUAAAGUUUAUUUAACUGA